UGCAUACAGUUCUAAAGAAUAAAAUACAAGAAUAAAUCGGAAUCAGAAUCAGAAUCAGCAUCACUUUCUCCAAAAUCCACCUGCUCUUUUAUGUUUUUAUAUUUAAUUUUUAGUUUUUAAUUAUCUGCUCAACUGUACCAUCUCAAUUCUCAAAAGCCAAAAGCUCCCUUAAUCAGUCAUCACAAGUCACAACACAGAGAGAGGGAAAACGGAAGAGCUGUUGACUUCUCUCUCGCUCUCUGUCUCUCUCUCUCGCCAAAAACCAAACCUUUCGGAGUCAGGUAAUUUUUGGCAACAAUCAUAGUGGAUCGUAUAAUUUGUAAAUAACUGAAAGCUGUUGGUGUUUUUCGUUUUUGAAAAACACAAUUGCAGAAGCUGAGAACUCGCUAUUUUCUUUCUGAGCGUCUCUAAACUGACACCAUGAGUGUGGAUUUAAAGAAAACUACCUCUAAUGGCCAUGAGAAAAUGUUAAGCUUAGAAGAGCAGCAGUCCCUGAUCAUGGAGGUCAGAAGGUUGAUUGGACCACUGUCUGGUAAGGCAUCUCUUUAUUGUUCUGAUGCAUCCAUUGCAAGGCAUUUGAGGGCGCGGAAUUGGAAUGUCAAGAAGGCGGUUAAAAUGUUGAAACAGACACUAAAAUGGAGAGCAGAAUACAAACCAGAAGAGAUCCGAUGGGAAGAUGUUGCUCAGGAAGCGGAUACUGGAAAGAUCUACAGAACAGAUUAUGUUGACAAGCAUGGGAGAACAGUCCUUGUCAUGAGACCUAGUCGCCAGAACUCGAAGUCAAUAAAAGGACAGGUUAAAUAUUUGGUAUACUGCAUGGAGAAUGCUAUUCUAAAUCUUCCACCACAGCAGGAACAGAUGGUCUGGCUAAUUGACUUCCAGGGUUUCAAUUUGUCACAUAUAUCAGUCAGGGUGACCCGUGAAACUGCCCAUGUAUUGCAAGAUCAGUAUCCUGAACGUCUGGGUCUUGCAAUACUGUACAAUCCACCUAAGUUCUUUGAACCAUUCUUCACGAUGGUAAAGCCCCUAUUGGAGCCUAAGACUUACAAUAAAGUGAAGUUUGUUUACGCUGAUGAUAACAAUACCAAGAAGAUCAUGGAGGAUUUAUUUGAUUUGGACCAACUUGAAUCUGCAUUUGGCGGGAAGAAUGACACAGGGUUUGACAUAAACAGGUAUGCGGAGAGGAUGAAAGAGGACGACAAGAAGAUUCCCUCUUUCUGGACAGGGGAGAACUCUCUAUCAUCAGUUCCAGUUGCUCCUCCAUCGUUAGAUUCAAUUAAGUUAGAUUCUGAUUCUGACCCAUCUGACUACGAGAAGAGAGAAUCUUCCCCUGACUUAGACCCUGACCCUAGAAUGGACACCGAGAUUGUUAACCAUAAUGAUGAGAAUGUCUUGGUUAAUCAAGAGUAUGGAAACGCCAGAGUCGAUACGCAUUAAAAUGACAAAUUAAGCAACACAGCACCUUUUUCCUGGAGUGCUGUUCAACUGUAAUUAGCAGAUGCUAUAACAUGCUAGUUUAAAACUGAAAAUCACACCAUCUUGGGACUAUUUUUUAAUGUCUUUUACCCCAACUUUAUGUUGGAUUUUGAUGACAACUGAUUAUACCCUUUGAGAUGCUUGAUUGUGCACCUAGCAGGCCUUUCGUGUCCUGUGAUUGAUACUAGUUCUGUUUUCAGGUCCAUCUAUUUUCUGGUAUAUUGCACCGGAUUUUCACCACCUAUUUCCGAAUAAAAUGACAGCACUGUAGUAUAUAGUGUAUACAAUAAAAUGUCCAUUUACUAUAAAAUAAUGUAUGUUAUCUCAGACACUAGAACUGAGCUAGUAGCGAGAAAUUUGGAAGUCAUCUUCAGUAGCUUAUUUCUUUUGCCACAAGGGAGGAACAUUUAUUAUUGUUAUCAUCAUUAUGUUAUUUCUUUUCUUUUUUAUUUUAAAAUGAAGCAAAGAGUGUAUUUACUUUUCAUUAUUUUAUAAGCUAUGGAUAUGUUUUAUUGAAUUCCAA